AUGUCGAGCGGAGAGCAGAACGGCGUCGACUUUAUGGAGCCUCCGGCUAUCGAGUGGAUGAUGCUCCAUCAUAUGGCUAUCAUUCUCCUUACCAUCAUUGGUAAUUGCCUUCUAAUCUAUGUGAUCCUGAAGAACAAUUUCGUACGACGUCGUAAACGUGUCACUCCUGUACAGAUGUUGAUGCUCCAUAUGUGCGCUGCCGAUCUGCUGUUUGCUCUAAUUACUAUGGUACCAACAAUGGCUAUCACAGCCACCGUGCCAAUCUUCUACGGGCCUGAUAUACUGUGCAAAUUUGUCAAAUUUCUCCAGGUUCUACCGAUGUAUGCAAGCUCAUUUCUGCUUGUGGCUAUCAGCGCAGAUCGCUUCCAGGCAAUUUGUCGUCCAUUGGCGUCAAUGAAGUCAAAUGCCUACAAACGUCCUGCACUCUAUGCAAGUAUCGCCUGGACAAUGGCUGUGCUUUUCUCAGCGCCACAAUUUGGGCUAUUUGCUAAGAUUGACGGCGAUUGUAUGGGUACCUAUACGAGUGCAUAUCAGGCAAUUUGUCGUCCAUUGGCGUCAAUGAAGUCAAACGCCUACAAACGUCCUGCCCUCUAUGCAAGUAUCGCGUGGACAAUGGCUGUGCUUUUUUCAGCGCCACAAUUUGGGCUAUUUGCUAAGAUUGACGGCGAUUGUAUGGGUACCUAUACGAGUGCAUAUCAGUACGCUAUCUACGUGACCGUAUUCAACACAGUUGUUUGGUUACUACCAAGUGCUCUUGCUGGCUAUUUAUACUACCGUGUCUGUAGAGCCGUAUGGCAGAGUACCUCCUUCGGCAGCACUUUUCAGACAAAUGGAAAAUGUGCUUCUAUGAUCCCUUCGGCUGGCCAGGUCCACCAUAAAGGAGCAACAAUGCAAUGCGUAGAGUUGGACAGACGGAGAGUGCAAACUGUAAAGUUGACGCUGACGAUCGUUGCUGCUAACUUUAUUCUUUGGGCACCUUUCUGCAUCACGUCGGUCAUUGACGCUCUGUGGCCAACAGCAAUUAAUCCAACAUUCGCCACAUACAUCAUGUUCUUUGGAAAUUUGAAUAGUUUUGUGAAUCCAUGGAUUUGGUUUUAUUUCAAUCAAGCCCAAUUCAAACGCGCUCUGCCGUGUCUUCGAAGAAAAGAAGCUGCGCUUUUGGGAAACUGCAGUGCUCGUCGAACGAUGGAUGGCAUCACAGACAAUUCUAUUGAGAAUCAACAAUUGACUGAUUCGAAAAGCUAUUAUGAACAUGGUGCUGAGCGUGCUACCGCCUACAGUAAUCUUAACUCUAUCGUGUCCUUCGAUGUGCUAUCGUAA